GCGGGCGCGGCACCCGGAAGUCGGCGGUGGCGGAGGCGACCUCGUGACCCGGUGUGAGCAAAGCCACCCCUUGGCAACCCAUGUGCAUCAUCUUCUUUAAGUUUGAUCCUCGCCCUGUUUCCAAAAAUGCGUACAGGCUCAUCCUGGCAGCCAACAGGGAUGAAUUUUACCACAGACCGUCUAAGUUAGCAGACUUCUGGGGGCACAACAAUGAGAUCCUCAGUGGGCUCGACAUGGAGGAAGGCAAGGAAGGAGGCACGUGGCUGGGUAUCAGCACGCGGGGGAAGCUGUCGGCGCUCACCAACUACCUGCAGCCGCGGCUGGACCGCGAGGCCCGGGGCCGAGGUGAACUUGUGACCCACUUUCUGACCACUGACAUGGACAGCUUGUCCUACCUGAAGAAGGUCUCCAUGGAGGGCCACCUGUACAAUGGCUUUAACCUCAUAGCCGCUGACCUGAGCACAGCAAAAGGAGAUGUCAUUUGCUACUAUGGAAACCGGGGGGAGCCCGAGCCCAUCGUCCUGACGCCAGGGACCUAUGGGCUGAGCAACGCACUGCUGGAGACGCCCUGGAGGAAGCUGUGCUUUGGGAAGCAGCUCUUCCUGGAGGCUGUGGAGCGGAGCCAGGCGCUCCCCAAGGAUGCCCUUGUUGCACAGCUCCUGGAUGUGCUCAACAAUGAAGAGGCACAGCUGCCAGACCCAGCCAUUGAGGACCAGGGCCAGGAGUAUGUGCAACCUAUACUGAGCAAGUACGCGGCUGUGUGUGUGCGCUGCCCUGACUACGGCACCAGAACCAACACAGUCAUCCUUGUGGAUACAGAUGGCCAUGUGACCUUCACGGAGCGCAGCAUGCUGGACAAGGACCCCUCCUGCUGGAAGACCAGCACCCACGAGUUCAUGCUACAGAGCUGAGCAAACCCUGACCUCUGCACGUGGCCAGCGAUCUCCUGGGAAGCCCUGCCUCAAAGGCCAGUGGGGACACAAACCUUCCAUGGCCACAGUGGCUGUGACUCUGCUGGCAUCCCCAGAACCAGGGCCCUCUGAUUUGUGUUACCCAUCUCUGUCCCUAUGCCCAAUUUGCGGUCUACCUUAUGCCAGUGGGGAGGGACAGAAUCUGAUGCCAGGUCUGGAGCAGGCCCAGGCAUGCCAUGCAUAUGUGAAUGCACCUGGGUCUACCCCUGUCCAUGUGCAGAGGCACAGUCACACUCACGUGCAAGGCACAUGCUCACACAUGGACGCCUACACGUGCACAGGCACACAUACACAAACACACUCCCAGGCACACAUGCACAGGUACACCCAUGCAUACACACACACACAUGCACACACACACACACACACACACACAGCCUGCAGGCAAGCACAUGCUGUGCAGGCAGGGAGGCACCUCUCACCCCAUACGUGCUUCUGGCCAGUGGUCUUUGCUCUGGUCAAAUGACAAGAGUAGGCUUUUGUUUAAAAGUGGCCCCUACUCUCUUCGGCUCACAGGGCAUGAUUGUGCUUUAAUUCCAAACAAUCAGAACUGCUCCUGGAGAGGAGACGGGCCAUGUUUGGAUUCAUGCACAAGAAAGAUUUGAGAAAAACCCACUCUUAUAACAGAAGCACAGCCUUGGCAGAUCCAGUGCUCCUGCGUGUGCUAGGGUGUCCUGUGGGGGGGCGGGCAGUUCCAUGUGUACUGGAUGGUCCAGUGUACUGGGUGGUUCUGUGUGCCCCAGGGGUUCUGUGUGUACUGGAUUGUCCCAUGGGGGUCCAGGUGGUCCCAUGUGCACCAGAGGCUCUCAGACAGGCCCCUGCUCAUCCAGUUGGGGGUUGUGGGUUCUGAGCAGGCUCAUCUCAGUGAGUGGACACAGCCAGUCCCUGCCCUCUCUCUACUCCUUGUUGGCAAGUCAGACUUCAUAGGAAUGUGCACUUGAAGGUGAGAUCUUAAUAAUAAAACUUUGGGCCUUUGGUGAGUAAGUGUGUUCCAAGGUCCUACCUCGUGUGCUGGUUGACACCAGA